AUGAAUAUUGAUGAAAGAUGUAUAGAAGAAUUUAAAAAAUUAAAAAAUGAAGUUUGCAAUCAUAAACAAAGCAACAUAGGGAUUUUAAUGGGUAUUGAUAUUACCUCAAGUGAAAAAAAUAUAAAAUUUAUAUCAAAUUUAAACUCUGAUUUAGUAGAUUCAAUAAAAUCAAGUUGUUCAAAAACAAAUAGUAGAUUUAUUUUUAUAGGUUCAAAUAAAAAAAUCAAUGGUUUUGGGUGGCUUCCCGAUACAGUGGAUAACUCUGAAGAAGAAGCUUUCUUUCAACUAGGUAAAAAUAAGUUAUUAAAAACUUUACAAGUUGAAAUCCACGAAGCGAGGGAUAUAAAUACAUUAAAUGGAUUAAUCAAAAAAUACAAAUAA